AUGACUUCAGAAGAGGAUCCCCUCGUGGCGGCUUUACCCCCAGCUACCGACUAUCUGACCUAUCUCACUAUCCUCGAGUAUCAACUCACCCCCGCGCGCCUGCCGACCCUCCAUCGACUCUUACAGGAUGAAGUUCUCACGACAAACAUUGGGUGGGAUCUGGUGCAGAUUCUCCUGCCAAUGCUUCCCCAGUCCCAGGAAUGUCUACAGGAUAUUGCCCGGCUAGGAAAUCCUCGCGAGGUCAUUCUUCGAGUCUCGGACUCGUUGAUGAAGUUGGAGCCAGACGAGAACGACGACGAGGAAAUACAGCACGCGACAACAGGUCCAGAGCAAGCUGUCACAGUCCCUGUAAAGGGGCCUUCCCGUUAUGUGGCUCAAUUCAAUUGUUUGAACGCUAUGCUUUCGGUCCUUCACAGUCGCAUCAGGACUAAAUACCCCAGCCGCUUUAUUGCAACCUCUCUCCAGGCUGCUUUGGAGGCGUAUGGGUCAAUGCCCACUGACGAAACAACAAACGCACUCUUGGAGCUCUUGAGAGACUUGUCACCCACAAAACGCCCUGCUGUACCUCCUCGUGGAACUAGUGAUUCCUCUGUCGUGCGGGUCUCUCAGGCAUCUGCACCUGACCCGGAAACUGUAUACGAUGUGCCUGUCGCUUCUGAUGAUAGAAGUCUUCAACAGAAACUCGUUCAAUUUGGGUUGGUCGAGCUGUUAAAGUCGUAUGUUCUUAGUUUAUCUUCAUCAGAAGAAUCUGGACUGUCCUGGGCAUUGCGGCUACAGGAAAAAUUAAAUCGAAAAGAAGAUCAUUUGGCCGAUAUACUCUCAAAAAAUCAUAUUCAUGCAGCGACGGAGCACCUCAAAGAAAGAGAUUUGAUCAUUGGAAAGAUAUGUGCACUAUCUCGAGACCUUGGUAUCAAAGAUGAAUAUCUGCUGCAAAUUGUUACCUCGCCGGUGGAAACCCGCCCUCCCCCACUCGAUUUUGACGAGCUACCAAAAACUGCAGAUGAGAUACCCUUAGAACGACAUGGUGCGCUCCUCAUGUUGGCAGCACGCUCUUCGGCAUCUAUUCUGUUUUCUGGAUCUCAACCGGUGCAUAUACCAGUAUAUCCCGACCUUGCCGUAAUUUUCGCAAACUUCGUUGGUGUUGGGACUCCCAAUGAACAACCUCAAGCUCUUCAUGACGCCCUCCUAACAAUUACCACGAUUUCAUCUCACGACAAAGUAGGUGAACCGAUCGAUGAGAAACAGUAUACCGAUUUAAGUUUGGCCGUGACGACGUGUAGCUCCCGCCAGAUCUUCAACAGCCUCCGCAGGAUUCCAUCAACCAUAGCACGAAGCCAUCCUUCCGACACUGCUCGUUUUAAGCUGAUACGAAAAAUCUUCGAAAAUGAAGAUCUUUUAUACGCCCGUGAAACUGCGGUUGGAUGGUUGAAAGACGAAAUUCUUGCUCCGACGGCAGAUAUAUCAAGUCAAAAUACCGUGUUUCUCAAUCCUCACUACUUUUCCGUUCUCUUCCCGAUAAUUUUCAACCCAGCCGAGUUCGAUUCCAUGGACAUAGCCACUGAUAUUGUCGCCGCAUUCCUUCGAUUCUCACAAGCACUUGCCCCUUAUACCCAUGCUGCUUUAAGUCUAUACUACAUUCUCCUUUCCUCCACUCAACUACGCAACAAGCUAGAACUAAGCCACGGCUACCCAUUUUUUAAAACCGAAUUCCUCCCUCGCUUGAAAUCAACAUGCCAGUUACUCGAAGAAGACCUGUCAGCAAAUGGCGGUGAUGGCAAAAUCGAAGCAGCCAUUGGCGAGGAUAUGUGCCACAUAGGCCUCGCGCGGUCGGUCGGAUUGUUGUCACACAUCAUUGCCCAAGUAGAAGAGAAGCUCGGUGACUUGAUUGCACACGAUGAAGAGACUAUUGGAAGUGGUAGGAACACAUUUGACAUUUCCAAGGUAGAGGCGAUCAGAUUUGCAACUGCAGUCUGA